AUGUCUACUUCCCACGUUUCCAACGGCGUUGGCUACGUCGCCCAGGCCGUGGCAAAUGCCCACGCGGACUACGUCGCGCGCAAUCCCACCUCCGCGAAAGCUCACCAAGAUGCCCACGUGCACAUGCCCGGCGGGAACACCCGCACCGUGCUCUACUCACAGCCGUUUCCCAUGGCCAUCAAGUCCGGGUCCGGCAACACGAUCAAUUCGGCUGAUGGCGCCAGCUACGUGGACUUCCUGGGCGAGUUCAGCGCUGGCCUCUUCGGGCACUCCAACCCGCGCAUCGCCGAGGCCGUCACCGAGGCCUUGAAGUCGGGCUGGAACUUUGGCGGCGAGUCCCUCUACGAGAAGGAGUUGGCACGCAAGGUUACGGAGCGCUUCGCAGCCUGUGGACUGGAGGUCGUCCGGUUUACCAACUCGGGGACCGAGGCCAACACCAUGGCCGUUGGCGCCGCGCUCGCGUAUACUGGCCGCAAGAAGGUCAUGGUCUUCACCAAUGGCUACCACGGAGGUACAUUCACUUUCCCCGUGGACCUCUGCCGCUGGAUGCAUGCUGGAUGCUCGGGGCCGCCGCCCUGUCAAACCAUGAACCUCCCGCAUGAGUUCGUGGCGACGCCUUACAAUAACGUCGCCGAGACACGCGCCAUCAUCGACGGACUGCCAGAGGACUCCCUGGCCGCAAUCCUCAUCGAGCCUGUCCAGGGAUCGGGUGGCUGCCGGCCCGCCACGACCGAGUUCUUGACCUUCCUGCGACAGAAGGCGGACAACUUGGGUGCGCUACUGGUUUUCGACGAGGUGAUGACCUCCCGUCUAGCUCCAGCGGGACUCGGCGCCAAGCUGGGAAUCAAACCCGAUUUGAUGACGCUCGGGAAAUGGCUGGCAGGGGGCAUGACGAUCGGCGCGUUCGGUGGGCGACGAGACAUCAUGCAAAUGUUCGACCCGGCCUCGGGCUCCAAAAGCCUCAUGCACUCCGGCACUUUCAACAAUAAUGUCGUCAGCAUGGGCGCGGGCAUUGCGGGCUUGGAUAUCUUUGAUGCGGCCAAAGUCGAGGAACUGAAUGCUAGGGGUGAUCGCUUGAAGAAGGGCGUCACGGACCUGCUGCUUGAUACGGGUAUUUAUCCCGAGAAGGAGGCUCAGUAUCUCGGAGAUGUCCUGGAGGUGGAUAGUUUCGAGACCAACACCAGGUUAUACACCGGCUCUGGCGAAACAUCUAGCCUACCCCCAUUGCUAAUUUCCAGUGGGGGCAGCAUGCUGAACGUACGUUUCACCGGCACCGAUGCCGCUCUCUGGCACAACCUCUACUACCACCACAUGCUGAAUAGAGGUAUAUACUUGGCCGCCCGGGGAUUCACGCCUCUAAGUCUCGAAAUCACGGACGAGAAUGUGGAUAUGUACGUUGGCGCAGUCAAGGAGUUCUUGGAUAAGCAUUUGGAGUCCUUGCGUUGA